AUGAGAUUCUCUUUUGCGGGCCUGGUAUUCACCGUCCUUGGUUCUGUACAGUCAAGCCCUGUUGCCCGAGCGGCCAAACCACCACAAUUCUUCCUCAUCGGUGACUCGACCGUCGCCGUAGACGGUGGCUGGGGUAAUGGUUUCUUGUCAUAUCUCAACGCCCCAGCUAGAGGCGAUAAUCGAGGUGUCAGUGGCUCAACUACUGUAUCAUGGAAGUCCAAUGGUCGUUGGGACACUCUCAUCAAAGACAUUGGUACGGCGAAGGCCGACUUCGAGCCUGUCGUGACCAUUCAAUUUGGCCACAAUGAUCAGAAGGUCAUGCAGCUGGAUGAGUUCCAUGCCAAUCUGGUCGAAAUUGGCAACCAGAUCAAAGCGGCUGGCGGAACACCAAUCUUUAUCACUUCGCUCACGCGUCGUACGUUCCAAAACGGAGAGGUUGUCCAGAACCUCAAGGAAUGGGCUGCUGAGACCAUUGCAGCUGCUGGAGACGUCGGGGCCCAGUAUCUCGAACUAAACAAAGCUAGCACUGACUACGUCAACGCCAUUGGUAACGAGAAUGCGCAACGUUAUAACUGGGGAGAAGGCGAUAGGACGCAUCUCAACCCAGCUGGAGAAAUUGUCUUCGGAAGAAUGGUAGUAGACCUGUUACUGGAAACACGGGAGGACUUCUCAUCUUACUUUACUCCCAAUAAGGCGCUUAGCGACAAGAUUGCAAAGGGAGAGUUUGCUACUGGCGAUGAGUAG